CAAAACUGUGUCCACUGUCGAGGCAUCAUUUUCCUUCUAUCAAUAAUUAUCUAUCUAGACGUUACACCGCUUACCAGUAGCUAUAGUGAAGUCAAUUUGCUGUGCUCAAAAUUGCUAAAAAGACACUGUAGACUUCAAACAUGGCCCAAACUCUUUUCGAUAAGUCGCUGUCGAAACUUUCCAUGGUGUUUCGAUGGAGUGGCACCAACAUUGCUAUUGGCGAAGCUGCCCCAACUAACACUAAAAGGAACCGUUGCAUUUAUAGUUUUAACUUCAUUUUGCAAAACACUAAUGUUCUUGGAGGCAUUUACUGGUUUAUUUCUGGUUUAAAAACUGGUAAAAGUUACACUGAAUUAACUUUUAUUGCACCAUGUAUCAUUAUAAGUAUUUUAAGUGUUAUGAAGUCAAUGUCCAUUAUCAUUUAUGAGAAGAAAGUGUACCAACUUAUGGAGAAUUUGAGAAUGAUGGAAGCACAUGAAAGAAAUCGAGAGAAUACUGCAGAAAGAAGAAAGAUAAUAGAGAAAGGAGUAAAUUUCUUGAAUCUGGUAAUCAAUGUGUUAUGUGGUCUCUAUUUGAUUAUGUUUGUAUGCUUUGCAUUCAGUCCACUUGUUCUGAUGAUAUUGAAGUACAUGAAGAUGAACGAGAUAGAGUUCAAGUUGCCAUUCUUUAUUGCGUACCCGUUCGAUCCUUACAACAUCAAGGUUUGGCCAAUGGUGUACCUACGGCAGCUGGGGACAGAAAUUGUUACGGUAUCCAACAUGUGCGUAGCUGACUUUAUUUUCUGUAUCUUCUGCUCUUACAUUACUAUUCAGUUUAGAUUACUCCAGUAUGACAUUGAACACGUCAUAACGGGAACUCGAGAGUCGAUCUACAACGAUGAAAUGCAUGGCGGCAAAAUACGAAAUAAAUUAGUAGAAAUUAUUAAAUGGCACCAGGAAUUGAUUAUGUGCGUGAACCUAUUGGAAAACAUUUACUCUAUAUCGAUGUUAUUCAAUUUUAUAUCCAGCUCAGUUAUUAUUUGUCUCACCGGAUUUAAUGUGACGGAGAACCAUGACAUCGUUCUGGUGAUUACGUUCAUCACGUUCCUCUUCAUGGGUUUGGUGGAAAUAUUCUUACUCUGUUUCUUCGGAGACAUGUUGAUAGAUGCGAGCAGUGAUGUGAGUGAUGCUGUCUAUAAUUGCAAAUGGUACUUAGCUCCUCCAAAAAUGCGCAAGACGUUACUUUUAAUACAAACUCGCGCUCAUAUUCCUUGUAAGCUGACAGCAUAUGGUUUCGCUGAUGUCAGCCUUAAGGCAUUCAUGAAGGUAUUGAGCACCUCGUGGUCCUAUUUCGCUCUGCUUAAAACGAUUUACAGCACAGAAUGAUCAAGCCAUUUUGAAUGUCUAUCGAAACAUAAUUAUGAUAGAUUAAUAUAUACAUAAUCUAUGUUUGAAAAUUUGUAAACUAUUUUCAAAAUAUUUUGAGUUUAUUAUCUCUUAAAGCUUACUUAAAUUAGUGUUAUAAAACAAACGUUGACAAAAACCAAUUAUCGAGACCGCAGGAACCACGUACAUCAUGUUGUAUAUCGAGAAAUGGGAAGAAAUAUGUUAAAGGCAACUCACUUAUUAGUGGAGCGCUGCAAAAGAAGAUAGAUGUAUAAUAUCUUAUAUGUUUUUUUGCAAAUUAACACGAUCUAUUCCUUGCUUUCCUUCACAAAAAUAAAAUGUAGAUACUUGAAAACAAUUAUUUAUUCCUAACCACCAGUCUCACAUUACCUAGUUUCAAUAGAAUGUUAAUACUAGGUUUUCCUAGAAGCUUGUCAUAUCCAUGCUGUGGCAAUAAACACUGCC